AACAAGCAGCAGAAGUGAACACAGCAGCAGGCGUCCAAAACAACCCUUGAGCCCCAAGGCCUUGGAGACUCAGGAGUUUUGAGAGUGAAAUGACAACACCCAGAAAUUCAAUGAGUGGGGCUUUCCCAGCAGAGACUAGGAAAGGCCCUAUUGCCACACAUCCUAUUCAAAAAGGAAUGUCCAGGAGGAUGCCUUCAGUGGUGGGCCCCACACAAAGCUUCUUCAUGAGGGAAUCUAAGGCCUUGGGGGCUGUCCAGAUUAUGAAUGGGCUCUUCCACAUUGCCCUAGGUGGCCUCCUGAUGAUCCACAAGAACGUCUAUGCACCCAUCUCUGUAACUUUGUGGUACCCUCUCUGGGGAGGCAUUAUGUAUAUCAUUUCUGGAUCACUCCUGGCAGCAGCGGAGAAAAGCCCCAGGAAGAGCUUGGUCAAAGGGAAAAUGAUAAUGAACUCAUUGAGUCUCUUUGGUGCCAUUUCUGGAAUAAUUUUUUUGAUCAUGGACAUAUUUAAUAUUACAAUUUCCCAUUUUUUUAAAUGGGAAGGUCUGAAAGAUACUAAACAUUCUGAGCCAUAUGUUAACAUACACAACUGUGAAUUGGCAAACCCUGCUGAGAAAAACUCUCUGUCUAUUGAAUAUUGUAAGAGCAUACGGUCUGUGUUCUUGAGCAUUUUUGCAGUGAUGCUGAUCUUUGCCUUCUUCCAGAAACUUGUGGCAGCUGGCACUGUUGAGAACGAAUGGAAAAAACUGUGCUCCAGGCCCAAAGCUAAUGUAGUUCUCUUGUCAGCUGAAGAAAAAAAGGAACAGACAAUUGAAAUAAAAGAAGAAGUGGUUGAGCUGACUGAAGUAUCAUCCCAACCAAAGAAUGAAGAAGACAUCGAAAUUAUUCCAGUCCAAGAAGAAGAAGAAGAAGAAGAAAAAGAAGAAGCAGCAGCAGCAGCAGCAGAAACAAACUUUCCAGAACCUCCUCAAGAGGAGGAAUCCUCACCAAUAGAAAAUGAUAGCAUCCCUUAAACUAGCUUUUCUGUUUUCUUUUUCCUUUCUUUUAUUAAGCAUUAGUGUUUAUAGCUUCUGAGAGAUACAUUUAAGCCCACUUCUUGAGGCACUCUGCUUGUAUCCUCCACAUCUCUCUCUGGUCUUUGCGUGGAGUGACCAGCUCCCUCUCUCUCGUUCAGACAAUUAUAGCCACUUUAGCAGACUGUGUCCUCAUGUUUGUUGUUUGGGGCACCUUUUUUACAUUGAAAAAGGCAGAAUAAAUGCCACAGAAUGUGAUUUCUCACGAGCCUUUUCCUUAGAGAAGGUUUUGUAGGAAUAGUAAUAGUAGUAGUUUUUUCAUUUCUUCCCUCAGCAACAGGGAGACUCUGUACUGAUGAAAAAGAUAAAUGACUGCUUCAUGCCAUCCCUAAACUUUCUUUAAUGUCUUACACAUCUUAAUUUUUGGUGGAGUCCCUUUUGCACCAUUAUCUUCAGGAAAGUAAAAAGUAAUAAUAAUGGGUAUAAUAACGAACCUAUUCCAUCUAUCUUUCCAUGGGCCUGACACUGUGGCACAUUCUUAGAGCCUCCACACCCCAUCAGGGAAGCUCUGAGUGGCCAACACUCAACCCUUUCAUUGUACAAACAGCACAGCUUAUCCAUGGAGAUGUCUUUAUCUGUCUUAACUUUCCCCAACUCCUGCUCUAGGCUCUUGGUUGCAUUGUCUACCUACUUUGAACCUUUAGGCAAGAGAAGAAAGAAUGAAAGCAAAAUGCCGCAAUGAGUCCCCAGAUCUCAAAUAAUAAUCAAGACUUGUAUUUAUAGAAUAUUUUUCAGUUCACAAAGUAUUUUAUCAAAUAAUUGCCUUCGAUCUUCCAUGAUCAGGAAAAAAAAUCCCUAUCUCUAUUUUACAAAUGAUUCAAAGAGGUUAAGUAAAUUGUAAAUAAAUAAAAUGAAUUUUUCAAUGGUCACAGCUAGUAAUUUUGAGAGCCUUGUUUCAGACUCAGAUCUUCUCACUGUUUGAAAAUCAGUAAUGUUCGAAAUAACCAUAUUGCUUGUCCAAUGCCUGUGUAAGCUACUAGAGCCAAGUCAACAGGUUUUAUCGAGCCUCUACUCUCUGAUCAGCACAAAACAGGUGUUGAGAGAGACACAAAAGAGUCAGAAAUCAGGUUAGACAUUCACAACAUUUGGAAAACUACUGACAUCAUUAAUAUAUAAUUAGCUAUUAGGCUAUAUAAUGCAAACACUGAAUGCUAUAGACAUUCUUAGAAAGAAGACCAUGCUUGAAAAUAAUUAGUUACAACAUCAAAUCUCAGGUAACAGCUACUCUACGCCUCGAUUCCUGUUCAUGGCAGAGAUACUAGUACCUACACGGAAAGAAUGUUAACCUACAAAGAUGCCACUUUAAUCUAAUAAUUACAUUUGAGCCUUUUCUACAUGUUGAGUGCUACCAGAUUCUAGCAGGUGUACAGACAAUGUACUUUCUACUGCCUGUGAUAAUUCUACUUUGUUAGGGACUACCAAUGGAAGAUAUUUCCUGAGAUUAGAAAAAAGGAGG